GUAAGUGAAUCACAAUCUUGGAUUUUAUACAGAGAAUGAAUGUGAGCUUUAACUGAAUAUAAAUCUGCUAUAAUACAGAUUUGGUUUCCUUAACAUGGCAGGCUCUGGCAAGACAAUGCUUGUGAAGGCAACUUACAAUAGUUUUGCAAUUAAGCAGCAUUUUGAGUGCCGAGCUUUUGUUUCUGUUUCUGAACAAUUUGAGGAGAGAAAACUCUUGGCAGACUUAUCAAUACAGCUGGGAAUGGUGCGGAGGGAUGAGAGGUUGUCCAAAGUGGAAUUGCAAAAAAGACUUGGACUCUUCUUGGCUUGGAAGAGAUACCUAAUAGUUUUAGAUGAUGUCUAUACAGCUGAUGUUUGGGAAGAACUCAAACAUGCCUUUCCGAAUUCGUCAAAUGGGAGUAGGGUGAUACUCACUACUCGUGAUGCUUGUGUGCCACGCAAUAUUAAAGCACAUGCCAGAGUUAUCCAACUACGUUUUCUAAACGAUGAUGAAAGCUGGGAAUUGUUUGUGGAUAAGGAACUAAACGUCUCGGUAUGGUCUGAACUCAUUGAGCAAUCAUAUACCAAGCCGGAAGAGAAGGAUGGUAAGGGGGAGAUUGAAGAAAUAAGUCCCAGUGAAGCUGGUUCCUCUGAUGAAGCCUUAUCAGGUAUCUUGGCUUUAGGUUAUCAGGACCUAGAUUCUCAUUUGAAAUUCUGCCUUAAUUAUUUAGGUCUCUUUCCCAAAUCAUACAAGGUUCCUUUUAGGAGGUUGUUUCAACUGUUGCAAGCAGAGGGAUUGUUGAAACAAGAAACAAAGGAAGAGCAGGUGAAGAAAUACAUUGAAGACUUAAAAAAAAGGAACAUGAUUGAGGUAGAAAAACAGAAGUUAAAUGGAAGCUCCAAAACCAUUUGUAUGCAAAGUACUAUAUAUGAUGCAUUGAUUCCACGAGCAAAGAGAGUUGGAUUGUUUUACAUUGGCAUAAAACAUUACCAAAGAACCUCCAAACAACCCAUUCGAAGAUUUGCUGAACAUCAGGAGAUCAAUGAUGAGAAGCUUCUAGAGCACUGCAGCUAUAAGCUACGUUCUUAUAUUUCUUUCAAAACGGGAGGAGGUGAUCCACCUCCAUUUGGAGUAGCUAAACUUCUUCCGGACAAUGUUAAGAGAGGUUUUGGAUUACUUGUCAUACUUGAUUUAGAAGGAGUCUACAAACCACUGCUAUCUAAACAUCUAGACAAAUUUCCAAACCUCAAGUAUUUGGGUUUAAGAUGGACUUUCUUGGAUUCAAUUCCUGAUUCAGUUGGUGACUUGCCUAGCCUUGAGACUUUUGAUGUGAAGCAUACUAAUAUCAGCACUUUACCUGGUGAGUUCUGGAAGGCAAAAUAUCUUAAACAUCUUUACAUGAACAAUAUUUGUGUUGAUACAUCUACUCUAAAGGCGAGUCAGACAAAUGGUUCAUUAGCCAAUCUUCAGAUUUUAUCGGGUCUGGUGAUCCGCAAUAAGAAUUCUGUAGAUUAUUUGAAGGAGGUGAAUGGUCUUAGAAAACUGGGAGUAACAUGCUAUGGAGAAUCAAUUGGAGAGAUGGUUGGGUGGAUUUCUAUGUUAACCCAACUUCAAUCAUUGAAGUUAAGGUCAAUAGAUUCUUCAUUGAAUUUAGAGAACCUAGGCGAUCAUGGUGAGCCAUCACAGUUGUAUUUGUUUGGAAAACUUCCGAAGGAAUUUGAUUUUGGCAAAUUUACCCCAAACUUAGAGAUCCUUACUUUGGCGAUGUCAGAACUGUCGGACGACCCAAUGGAAAAACUAGGACAGCUGAAGAGCCUGAAGAUCCUUAGGCUGUACGCCCGUUCCUACACGGGGAGAAUAUUGACAUGUCAUUCUGACACUUUCCUCGAGCUCCAAGUCUUAAACUUGUGGAAGCUAGAGAAGCUAGAGGAAUGGAAAGUGGAGAAGGGAGCCAUGCCCGCCUUAGAAGAAGUUGAGAUCAGAUGCUGUAAGAAUCUCAGUAAAACUGAUGGAUUGAAGGAGUUGACCACUUUGAAGGAAUUGCUUGUGACAAGUAUGGAGCAAAACUUUGUGAAGGAGCUUGAAAGCCUUGGCAGCAAUGUGUUAAUCGUCAAAGAAAACGACUGGAAGUUUUCUUCCUGGCAUAGCAUCUACAAGUGGAAAUCAAGUUCGUGGAGUGAUCUCUGGGUUUCUGUAGGGAUCAGUAUCAUCAUAAUGACUUUACGCUGUUGUCAAAGCAGGGAUCUUGCCAUCUCGGAUGCAAGGAAGCUUGGAAGCGCGGACAGACUCUACGAUAAAGAAUACAUCAUACAAUUUUCAAAUCCUUUGCAUUUUCCAAUCCAGAAGGUAGAAAUCAAAUUGAAACUGGUAAUAGUCAAAUUGAAAUCGAAAGUGGGUCUUUGAAUUUGAUAUAUGGGUUUCGAAUUUUGAUUGCUGAUCUCUGUUUUUCAUGGUGACCCAUUCCACUUCCUUUGUCCGCUCUCUUCACCACCAUAAACCACCCGAUCACCAUCAACCCUAAACUUCAGAUCAUGGAGAAGGAAAGCCAAAGUUCAAAAAGCAUGAGGAAGAGAACCAAGGGAAUCAGGGAGGAGAUUGAAAGACAAAAAACAAUAGGCCAUUAAAGAGCAACCAGCGACUAGACCUGAAGCCAUUGGGUGUGAGGUUAGAGUAGAGAUCAGGAGGAUGAGAAGACUACUUCCUCUCCGCCAUAUAUUUAUGAAGGAUGAGAUUGGUUCUUACCCCUUGAACUGUAGGAUUAGAAGUUUGCAACAUAUGCUUGCACGGGUAUGCACAUAUUAGUCCUCUUAAUUUCUUUUUAUUUCCCCUUUCAUUGAAAAUACUAAUUAAAGGUCUGUUCAUGGCUUCUGUCUGACCAAAAUUGAAAUCUUUAGCUUCCUAAGAUGCUUAUGAGAAGAGUCCCAUGUACAUGCCCAAAAAAGCCUAUAGCAAGUGUAGUAAAUUAAGCGACUUUAA